ACGAACUGACUGCGAAUCCAUCUUGAAAACGAAAUACGCGUACAAAAUCUAUUUUAUUCGAUUGCCAUGGAAAAUGAAAACGUUUUUUCCAGCACAAAUUCAAUAAUAUGACAUUCGCCGCGAAUCUUUGCGAAUCAAUCGUCAUGUAGACGAUCGAUUUGAAGUUGCACAUGAACCCAGUGAAAGCGUGCGGAAUGUCUGCGCGAGCCAUAUGCUUUGAAUCAGCUGUUAUCCUCAGAGUCGUUCGAUGCGCGCGCGCUUAGAACCGCUUGAAAUUUCAGCGUAUCACCAUGGCGGCAAACAAAUCCGUGAUAGUCCUCGCGCCGAACGGCCGCCGACAAAAUGUCAAGAUUACGCUCAACACGACGAUCUUGCAGGUAAAUCGAGUGGCUGUCGCGCGUUCCUUAUCGAUGAUUGACACCAAUUGCGUCUAUGUCCUGGAGGAAGUGUGCCGGAAACAAGGCUACAACGUUGACGAUUAUGAUAUUAAACACGUUCAUCGAAUAUUAGACCUUAACACGACGUUCCGUUUUACCGGCCUACCGAAUAAUGCUCAGCUGGAAAUGGUGGCCUGCACGAAAGCACGUUCCACGUCGAAUGUUACAAUUUGCAUACAGCCGGAGGACGGAGAGAGAGUAAUGCGAGAAUUCUCACCUAAUACAACGUUAGCUCAAGCACUGACAGACAUAUACCCUGAUCCGGACCUUGACAGAGCAGUGUUGAUCUAUAUGCAUUGUGAGAUAUGUGGAAAAGAAGCAUUGGAGAAAGCGACGUUGAAGUCGCUGGGCCUAAGCAGUGGGAAGGCAAUAAUACGAUUAAUGUAUCGCGAUCCCGAGCAAUUUAAAAUUCAGGCGCACGUGUCGACGCCUUUGCUCCCAAAGCCAGUCUUGACAGUGGAUACCGCAUCGAGGAAUAGAAAUCCCCAAAGAAUGCCUUCGCCCACACCACACUGUAGUAAAACAAUAGAUGACGUGACUUUAUCGAUAAAUAUUGUGCCAAAUACAGAGAACCAGAACAAACUAGUAGAAAAUGAGGCGAAUAUGGAUGUAAGCGUAGAUGAGCUGAAGAUGGAUACAGCAGACGAAACGAGAUCGGGUGCAAGUGUAGAUGAGGAAAAGAUGGAUGUAGAAGACGAACAGACAAGUACGAGAGAUAAGAGGAAAAACCAAGAGAUGAAUAUACCUGCGACAGAAGGAACCCAUUCCGUUGCGUCCAAUAUAAAAGAUCACGACACUGAGAGAGAUCAGAAUGUCACGGAGGCGUGCAAGAGAGAUCAAGAAAACACAUACAAAAUUGAGUUUUUAGGGGAAAGAAACGCUUUAGUGUUCAAUCAAGUUGGAACUCAGGCAUUGCCGAGGGACGAAUUGCCGGACAGCUUCUUCGACCUAAACUUGCACGACGCGAAGACUCUCUUACGAGACGCUAAACGUCGUAGGGAACAACUUGAAUCAGCUCCGCUGCUGACGGAGGCGCAGCGUCAGUUGGACCGAGACAAACGAAUUCUAGACCAAUUGAACAAGUAUCGACGCACCGUAAUUCGCAUACAGUUUCCCGAUCAAUUCGUUCUUCAGGGAUUGUUUGGACCAUUAGAGAGCAUUCAAACUGUAAAAAAUUUCAUCAUGAAUUACUUGGACGAUCCGAGCUGCGAAUUCACAAUCUAUACCGCUCCACCAAAGCACAUUUUAAACCCUGAAGCGCGACUGAUAGAUGAAAAUUUGAUUCCCUCCGCUAUCGUCUAUUAUUCCGGGCAAUCAUCGCUCAAGCCGAGUGUAAAAACAAAGUUAACGGAUCCAAGAGCCGCUGGUAUCGAAGCUGUGAGGUCUAGAACCGACACAACGCGAAAAGAACAAGAUACGACAACUAAAGACAAGGGUGGCACAAUUGUUGAAAAUAAAAGUGAUCGCGUUACUCCAGGAUCGAGUGGUGGGGAAUCGUCAUCAUCAUCAUCAGUACAAAAUAAAAAAGGGAAACCAAAGUGGUUCAAACUAUAGGCAAUCAAAUAAUCGAUCAUGUCGCUAAUAGCA